GCGCGCCGCAGCGGCUGACAGCACAGGGGCGACUCGUACACGGCCAUCUACAACGAGACGUAUGCGCCGCUCGCGGCUGCCGUGCAUCCCAAGCUGUGAGCAGCCCUCGCCCGCCCGUGCUGCUCGCGCAGCCGCUGACCAAGUCCCAGCAUGGCAUCAUCCUUCUGGGACUGCUAUCCAGAGCUGUGGCCGACCAUCAAGCCCUUCUUCGACAGGUGCCGCGACGCCGGCGUCGGCCUGGACUAUUCGCCCGAGCAUGCCCUCAUCGUCGAGCGCAAAGGGUGGCCCGAGGAGGCUUUCUUCAACGGCAACUUCGUCCCAAUCGGCGACGGGCCCACCAACCAACCCCAGGGCUACUACAACUCGCUCUUCGAAGUUACGAGCCAGCGCCUGUCCGACCGCCGCACCAUGCUUCUCAACCGCCUCGCCUCGCAGGCCGACUUCGAACCCGACGCCGCCUGCUGCCACAUCCUAGACACGCUCGCCACCGACCCCAACGACCUGCCACUUGCCAUGUUGUACGAGGUGGACGAUGAUGACGACUCCGCACCAGACGUGCUGCGGCUCCGCGGGCAUUAUGGGUUACCACCAGGCCACAACUUGAUCGUGGACAAGCAUGGAAUCGAUAGCAACCAAGGGCUCAUUCCCGAGUGUCGACGUGCAGGGUCCGACAUCCUGACCAUCGACUACGACGAGCGCUUCGAUUCGGCGUCGUGGGCCGGAUUCGGUUCUCCCUCGAAAAAGAUCGGCAUCCUGCCCAUCACUAGCGGGUCCCGAGUGUCUGGCUACCUCGUCGUGGGGACAAAUCCCCGUCGACCCUUUGAUGACGCAUGCCUACAGUUUUUGAAAGAUGUUGGACGCGCUGUAUCGAGCAUCAUGAACCUCGCAUUCAGCGCUGUCAAGACAAGGGAGCGCCAACGGAAGCUCGAAGACGAUCUGGCCUUCAGUGACAUGAAAUUGCGCCAUCUCAUCGAACAUGCAUCGGUCGGCAUGAUUCACAUGGGUCUCGAUGGGAAAAUCAUCUGGGCCAACGACCAAUACUACGCACUGUCGGGCAUGACAGCAGAAGAGCAUUUGGAGCUAGUCAGUUUUUGGGACGUCUACGUCGAGGAAGAUCUGCCUAAAGCGCAGGAGGCUUGGGCGACCCUACAGUCGGGCGUCAAUCACGUGAGCAUAGAGAUGCGACUGAAGCGUCUUUUUACUGCACCAAAUGGCGACGCGGAGCCCGCCCAGCUCCAGAUUCUAGCCUUUCCUUACCGCGAGGGAGAAACGGUUCGAUCCCUUAUGGCAUGCACUACGGAUAUCUCAAGACUCAAGUGGGCGGAGAACUUCCAGGCACGGUUGGCCGCCGAAGCCCGCGAAGCGAAACGACAACAGGAGGCCUUUAUCGAUGUUGUGUCACAUGAGAUGCGGAACCCGCUCAGCGCAAUCGUGCACUGUGCAGACGACAUAUGUAGCGCUGUGGAGGAAUGUCGUUCGAAACUCGCAGAAGUUCCAGCGAUGCUUUCCGAGACGUUGAAUGACAAUCUGGGCUCGGCAAACAUCAUCAUGCAAUGCGCCAACCAUCAAAAGCGAAUCAUUGACGAUGUACUCACCCUGAGUAAGCUCGACUCGAUGCUGCUCUCCAUCACACCGACUGCCACGCGUCCUGCCAAGCUGGUCAGCUCCAUCUCAAGCAUCUUCCAGGCCGAACUCAAAUCGAACAACAUUCGCUACAGCGUGAUUUCCGACCCCUCCCUAGCAAGGCUGGAUAUCCAAUACGUGUAUCUCGACCCAUCGCGUGUUACUCAGAUCUUCAUCAACCUCCUAACUAACGCAAUUAAGUUUGUAAAGCCCUCCAAGGUUCCAACGAUCUCGGUCCGCUUCGGUGCCUGUAAAUCAGAUCCACGCUCCAUGUUUGGAGCCGACACGUUCUGGGCGUCGAAAGUCAAGGACUACUCAGACGUGACUGCGUCUCCAGACUGGGGUCAAGGGGAGGAAAUUUAUCUGACCUUCUCUGUGCAAGACUCGGGCAUCGGUCUGAAGGGAAAGGAGAUCCACAAGAUUUUCGAGAGGUUUCGCCAAGCGAACAUGAAGACGCACGUGAAAUACGGCGGCAGCGGUCUUGGACUGUUCAUCAGCAAAGAACUUACCGAAAAGCAAGGUGGCGAGAUUGGUGUGUCUUCCAUCACCGGCGAAGGCUCCACAUUCGGCUUUUAUGUCAAAACCCGGCGCGUCGAACGCCGUCCACAGACCCUUGGGGAGCUCUUCCACGAGAGUGGCGGCGUGGGGCCAGCACCCCAGAAGCUGCACGUUCUCCUUGUAGAGGACAAUGUCAUCAACCAGCAGGUUCUCGGUAAGCAGCUCAAAAAGGCCGGUUGCAUGAUCGACGUUGCAAACCACGGGCGCGAAGCGCUAGAACUGGUGGAGAAGAAGGUAUAUGAUGUAGUGCUCAUGGACCUGGAAAUGCCCGUGCUAAACGGGCUCGAAGCCACCAAGGCGAUCCGCAAGCGCGAGGCUGAUGACGAGGGUUUGCUGAGCCAGGCGAUGGCGAUUGGGUCGAGAGGUGGCGCGAGAUUGCCGAUUAUCGCGGUCACGGCGAAUGUACGGCAGGAGCAGAUCGAUACCGCGCUUGCGGCGGGUGCGGAUCGCGUCAUGCAGAAGCCGUUCAAGGCCGCGGAUCUGGUGCAUAUGAUGAAAGGGCUCGUCCCGCAGGUUGUCACACCGGCGACGGAGCCGAGCACACCGAGCUUGGUUGAGCGAGGCGGCGAGAACUACUUCACGUGAACGACGCGCAUCGAGAUUCGAUUUACAAUUUAACAAAAUACCUGGAAGGCUAUAUUAGCCUGCACGCUCAGCACAGCUGCGUAUGAGUUCAGCGGAAGAAAAAAAGGGUAAGACAUGCGUCUUAAGACAUGCAGCUCUUCGCUGGAAUGGAAAGGGCUUGCAGUAGUAAAGCCGCUGCGCUUGAUUGUUGGUC